GGGCUCUGAGGUUGUCUAAAGGAGGGGCUUCUGGGGGGGGUGCCCGCGCAGGCGCGCCGCCAUCUCUAGCCCGGACCACUCUCCGCUGGCCACCUCGCUCCUGACGGAUUCCGUGGCUCGAUCGGACCGAGGCAGCGGGUAGCGUUCGACCAGGGCGGCGGCUGCCGCAGUCCCGGAGAGGGUCUUCCUCUGAGUUUAUUGCCCUUCCCUUGGAGGUUGACACAGAGGAAGAGGGAAUGUCUUCUGGGAUCCUGACUAUCAGCUCACAGGGGUCACUGAUCUUCCAGGAUGUGGCCGUGGAUUUCUCCCUGGAGGAGUGGGUGCACCUGGAGUCGGCCCAGAGGGCCCUGUACAGGGACGUAAUGCUGGAAAACUACCGGAACCUGGUCUCGUUGGGGUACCAAGUUUUCAAACCAGAUGUGAUCUCCUGCUUGGAGCAAGGGAAGGAGCCCUGGGUGGUAGAGGCAGAAACCCUGAGGUGUCCAGAUUUCAAGAUUAGGCCCAAAACCAAGAAGUCAACCCUACAGCCAAACUUUUCUGAAGAAGAAUCUUCCCAAGUUGCAAUUGAAACAGUCCCAAAGGCCAAGUUAGGAGAAGCCAAGGAAUGUGGUGGCCAGUUAGAAAGGAGACCACAAGUGAGAUAUUUGGGUCAAAUGAUCAUUACCCACAAGAAGGAUCCUAAUUGUAAAGAAUAUGGAAUAAAAUUUUGUCUGACCCCAGUCCCUGUUAUAGAACCACCUAUUCCUGAAGAAUCUCUUAAUAGAGGUAAAAGUGCAAAGAACUUUUAUCCGACCUCAGUCUAUGUUACAGAACCAAUUAUUCCGAAAGAACCCCAUAGUAGAGAUAAAAGUGGAAAGAACUUUUGUCCAAUCCCAGUCCCUGUUACAGAACAGACUCUUCUUGAAGAAUCCUAUAAUGGAGAUAAAUGUGAAAAGAGCUCCAACCCUUCUUCAGCACAAGUCAAAAGUAAAAAAAAGUUCUUCAAGUAAGAAACUAUGAGUGUAACAAAUGUGAGAAAACUUUUGUUCAAAAUGCACAAUAUACUCAGCAUCAAAGAAUUCAUUCUGGAGAGAAACCAUAUAAAUGUAAUGAAUGUGGGAAAGCCUUCAGCCAG